CUUGCCAAUGCCCUGAAGUUGUUCGUGUUUAUGCUAAAAUUGCUGGUCGUUCAGAUACGGCCUUCGUUUCAUGGACGAUUCCCAAACCGAAUUGUCCUGUAUCUUUAAGUUCAGUCUCACCCCCCGAGGCAAGGAAUGGAAAAGGCAGCUACCCAAUUGGAAUAUAUGAUGUUAGCUAUAACUACGAACAUUAUAGCAGCGCCUCUGGCAACUUUUCGCUCAACUGCCUCGUGAAAAUUGCGGUUAAGGGUGAGUUGAUGCUUAUGCUAAAACUGCAAAAGUUAAAACUAACUACAAUCACUUUCAGAAGUUGUUGGGACAUAUGUAGAGGGUCCUGAAGGGAGGGUCCCAAUCCCAUUUCCCACCUGAAAUUUUGGCAAAAUCCCAGUCCCAGUUGGAUUUUUAUUAGAAAUCCCAGUCCGAGUUAUUGUAAUCCCAGUCAAUAAAGAAACCGUUAUUUAUCGGUAGAAUAAAGAGUUUUAAGACCUUUUAAGGUCCCACAUGACGGUAUUUUUUGUUGUGGUUUGCCUUUGAGGUAUAUACUAAGGGUUAAUUAAAUGAAGUAUAUACCAAAAACCAGGCAUAUAUUCCGCUGUGCAUCUGACUCAGGGGACACGCAUAAUCAGAAAACCCAGAAUUCCGGGCGCCAGAGUAUGCCUGUUCGCAGGUAGUGCUGUGAAUAAUUUAGUUAACAACAAAAAUCAUGACCAAAGAUACCAAAAACGGAUCAAAAUUGUAUUUUAAAAUACAUAAAUCGUGGAAAAAUUGGGAAUCGACUCUCAUUACCUCAAUCCCAUUCCCAUUUUUGAGGACUUCAUUUCCCAUUCCCAGUGGCCAAAUCCCAGUCCCAGCAACCCAAAUCCCAUUUUCCCAGUCUAAAAAUAGAUCAAUCCCAGUUCCCAUUUUACCCCUUCAGGACCCUCUAUGUAGUUUUAGCUUGUAAGUGGAUCAUUACAGUUUUUUACACACAAUACCGCUCCCCUCCCCUCCCCUCCCCCCACCCCAAUCAAUCUUGUUUAAACCAAAACACAUCAAACCCAACGAGAAAUGGGACACAGCAUUGAACAGGAGACGGGGGGAUUGUCCAUUGUUGAAAUUUAAAGGUUUUGUGGCAUCUGUGGCCCAAGAUUUUUGAAACUGAUUGUAGUUUAUCUGUACAUUAGCUCUAUCACUUAUCACUUCAGUAAGGGCUACUGACCUCCCUAGAGGUUUCGAUAAGACGCCAGCAGGGGCGUAGGAACGGGGGGGGGGGGCACGUGCCCCCCUCCAAUUUUUUCAAAGGACUAAAAGUGCCCUUUUUUGUGAUGAAAAGUGCCCCGGUUUUUGUGAUGAAAAGUGUCCUUUUUGUUCAAGCUAAUGUCGCUGUAAAUACUAAAUUAGCAUCAAAGGUGCCCUUUUUGUUUGGAAAUUUCUAAGUUUUUAAAAAAAUUUGGUCAAAAACGUGCAAUUUCGGUAUGGUACGACGGGAAAAUGUUUCUUCCCACCCCUCCCCCCCCCCACCCCGUCGCCAACAUUUCCGGGAAACAUUUUUAGGUGCCUUUUCAAUACCCUAAAGUGCCCCUAGCAGCCGGUGCCCCCCAAUCUUUUGAUGCUUCCUACGCCCCUCGACGCGAGAAAUAAAGUCUUAAAACGAUGAAUAGAAAAUAUAGAACUCUUUACGAGUAUCUCUGGGGCAUCGAAAACAAGAUACAUCGAAAACUCCUCAUGAUCACUCUACUGCAUGCAAUUUACAUUUCAUGAAACAAAUUUCAAUCUGUUAUUCAGUUUCACUGACUAUAAACAUCACUAUGAUCAACAUCUCAACAUUGACAAACCGAAUUGUCCUGCAAUUUUAGGUUCAUUCUCACCCCCGAUGCAAGGAAUGGAAAAAGCAGUAAGAGUCAUCUCUUAUUGAUCUAUAAUAUUACUACAGGAGGAAACAUAAUCUAAACUAAUUCAGUUAUAAUACUACAUAUAUUACAUGUAGCUCUAUCAGUUCUAUAAACGGUUCGUCCGCGCGAGAAGUCAAGUUUGGGUCCGUGAUCCUUAUUGGUCAGUGUUAUACAGUUGUUACUACUGAAAGAAACCAAACUAAGGGCCUGUUUACAUUUUGCAGCGAUUUCUAGGUGCGAUUUUCUUCUUCUGACGCAUGUGAACGAGUAGAUGAAUGCUUUGAGUAUAUGUACCCUCCUAUGAAUAUUCAUAACUCACCGCUCAUUCACAUCAUCUUCACAUCCAUCACAAGAAGAAAAUCUGAAAUCAUAGCAAAAGUUGCAAGUGUAAACGGGCCUUAAAGUAGUACUGGAACGUUUUAUCCGAGCAUUCCUAGUCUGUCGGUUCUAAUCUCUCUAUAGAGGUCCAGCAAGGACAAUGUGGUUAUUGUAUUACUAUAGAGGAAACUGAAAUUCUCGAAACUAAAGUGCAUUGUUUGGUUGAACUAUUUCAUUGUGUUGUAUUUUUCGUAGGGCAACCAUGCGGUGGAGUUGACUUUGGAAGCUCACAAAUCUGUUGUUUUGGAACAACUCACGAGUACAGAGCUAAUUUUAAGUGCUGCGGACCCAAGUAUUACGACACUCGACGUCAGAAGUGCGUAG